AUGGCCUGCCGGCAAGUGCACUCAACCACCACCUUCCCUCACUAUCUCCCACAUUUUUUCAAUGCUCCAACCCUUGCGUCGCCGGCGUACCCGCAACACCAGCUCCCCUUUCGACCGCCGGAGCACCCUCCCAGCCGCACCACGACACAGUUCGGCUUCCAACGACCGGCGGCGAGGAUGGACUACUUGCAGCCUGAGGAGGAGCUUGCGCAUCUGCAGAAAUUGUCGAAUGAAUAUCAGCCUGAAGUGACUGGUCCCCUUGUUGGGGAGCGACAACCCAGCAGCGUCCUCAGGACAGAAUACGCAAACGGCGACGCAGUCUACGUUGCGAAAACAUCUGCCCUAGCAGGGACAUACUCGCACUAUCGAACGUGCAGAGGAGAUGGCAACUGCGGCUGGCGAGCCAUCGCUUUCAGCUACUUCGAAACCCUAAUACGCCUGGGUAGUAGAAACAAGUUUUACGAGGAAGAGACACGACUGCGAUCGUUAAGCAGCAUGCUAAAUGCUGUUGGUUUCAAAGAGUAUAUCUACGAAGACUUUGCCGAAGAAGCCUUCGACCUCUUGUGCAACCUUGCCGCUGCGCGCUCUGUCGAGAACGCUGAUGUGUCGCUUUUGUCUUUCUUCAACGAUGAAUCUCGUUCCAUAGCCCUCAUCAUGUACUUCAAGUUUCUGACGAGUGCCUGGAUACAAACCCACCCGGAGAAAUUCGAGCCGUUCUUAAACCAAGACAUCAGGUCUUACUGCGAAGAGAUCGGACGCCCCAACUGCGAAAUCGACCACGUUGGUGUAACCGCUCUGGUAGAUGUGCUCGUCAUGCCUGCUGGGUUUGCCGUCGAGAUCCUCUAUCUCGAUCGAACCUCUGGAACGGAAGCCAACAUGCAUCGCUUCGACCCCCUUGACGAACUCGGGCUGCCGCUAACCCACCCCUUGACCUUGAGGUUGUUGUACAGGCCGUGA